AUGGAGAGUCAAACGAGCAAGAAUUGGGCCAGGUCGUACCUGCUCGACCCACUGUCAGAGCCUCAACCUUCCGAGGAGACUGGACCCGGCACACAUUUGAGACCCGAGAGCGCCACGUCAAACCUUACCUCUUCACGGUCGCCUAGCAGUCUCUCCCAAAACCCUUUCCGGCAGUCCAAAAACAUUUACACAUCCACUGCCGAGGUCUCUGGCACAAGCGAACGUAAUCCAUACCCUUCACCGCCGCAGUCGGUGUCACCAAAGCACCACCGACCUCAUUCCAGCCAUCGACACGAAGCCUUUAGCGAGGAGUGGCCCUCAGAUAGUUCAUCGCGUAGACGCGGAAACAGCCUUGGAGCACGCUUUCCGGGGGACAACUCAUCUCGACCCCUCGACCAGAUCAGGAAGGAUGCAGCAUCAGCUAAUCGCUCACCACAUCUCCGAAAGUCGCAUAGAGUUCUCCCUGAUACGAUAGACAGACUGUCAAUAGUUGGAGGCUAUCCUUGGCACCACGAAGGACCAUACGACGCCGCUCUGACAGCUCGCAAUAUUUCAGAAAAAGCCUCCCCCCUUAAAGCGCUUGACCACUCCAACCAAGAAACCCUCAGAGCAACGCCGAGGGAAAAAAUCAUUGAUAGCGUGCGAAGCCAUCGACCGCUUGACGGCGUAGCGGCUUAUGCCCCUGGCGAAGCUGAUCGUAAUGGCCACGUUUACGAAUACGAGCAAGGGGACAACAUGAUGAUUUCGGGCAAUCCCGAAGGGGGCGCAUACAAGCGCUGGCCCGGUGUUCAAUAUCUUGAUUCAGAUAUCAAGGGCAAGGGAGAGCCAAGCUACUCGAUUGAGAAGGCGCUGAAAGGACAUGGUGGUGAUCUGAAAGGGCAUAGAAGUUCAACAGGGAACGAAGCGUAUGAGAUGACAAAACCAAAAUAUGCAGGGGAUAGUUUGAGCAACGCAGUAGGCAACGAUGCCAUGUGGGGCGAUGGCGAGGAGCCUACUCUGCGGAGGAGGACAGGAAGUUUAAAGAAGAAGCUGGGUAGUGUACGAAAGCACUUACACAAGGAAAAGUGA